GGAUCGGGAUCCGGGAGCGGGAUCCGGGAGCGGGAUCCCAGCGCCGCGCUGCCUCCUGCCGCUCCAUGGCCCCGGCCGCGGCGGCGGAGCCCAGCGCCCGCCGCCCCCGGGCCACCGGCCCCGGCCCCGGCCCCGGCCCCGGCGGGAGGCGCACGGCUCGGCGGCCGCCGGAAUUGCGGCCGAGCCAGAGAGGAUGACUGCGGAGAGCGCCGAGUGCAAGGGGCCCGUGCGGGACCCGGAGCAGGGGGGGCCCAGGGCGCCGCUGCCGCCCGUCCCCCCGCGGCGCCGGGGCCGCCUGCGGCGCCCGCCCCCGACCGAGCCCCCGCUGCAGGGGCAGCUCCGCAUGCGCUCGCCGGCCGGAGCCUUCGUCCUGGUGGGCAUCUCCGUGGUCCUGGUGGGCACCACCAUUGCCGUGGUGGGCUACUGGCCUCACCGUGGGCACGGGGGCUCCGGGGCCAGCGCGGGGAACGCCAGCGUGGCGGGGGACGUGAGGAGGGAGGUGGCAGCCGGGCACCACUUGCCCCACAGCGAGAAGCUGAAGCUGAUCGGCCCCGUCAUCAUGGGCAUUGGGCUCUUCAUCUUCAUCUGUGCCAACACGAUGCUGUACGAGAACAGGGACAUGGAGACCCGGCAGCUGAUGCAGAAGGGGCUCUAUGGCCUGCCAGUGGGGCUGCCUGAGGGGCCCAGCCCUGAGGAUGGGCACUGCCAGCGUGGGGACAGCCAGUCCUUCGCCAAGGCCAAUGCCGAGUGCGUGGAGGGCUGUUACCAGGUGGACCUGUCCUGCCAGCCCUGCCCCGGCCCCAGCAGCAAGUGGUCUGACUGCUACGGCCCCAACCGGCUCCAGGCCAUGGCCCAGUUCCUGCAGCACCCGGCAGCCUCCCCUGCGGCCUCUGUGCACAGCCUCCGCUCCACCGAGGCCAACUGGAGCCUCCCGUGCCCCGCUGGCGCCGAGUCCCUCCUGUCCUCGGCCGUGGGCGCCCUGGCACUGCCCAUCAUCAAGCUCAACAACUGCCUGCUGGACGGGGCUGCCAGGGGGGCAGGGAGGGGCCCUGCUGAGCAUCCCCCCGCAGCACCACAGCCCUCCCGGGCUGCUCCUUCCACUGGGGACAGCACCGCGCCCUGCGGCCGGGAUGGCGCUGGCGGGGACGGGGAUGGGGACGGGGACGGGGACGGGGAUGGUGGCCACGUUGUCAUCAGCAUGGAGGACAGCUGUCCUGGCGCGGAGCUGCUGGUGGAGCUCAGCCCCGAUGUGCACCUCCACACCCCGGGACACUCCAAAUCCCUGGACCUUGGCCAGCCAGGGGUGCUGCUGCUGGCCCCCAUCAAGGAGCGUAAGAACCGGAGCUGGCCUCGGCUGGACCGUGUCAGCCUCGUGGGCUACGCCAAACUGGAAAGCGCUGGCGAGUCCUCGGACCGGCUGCUGGAGCCCAGCGAGCCCCCAGGGCGGGGCGAGCCCCGAGCCAGCUCCUGGGUGCUGGGCGUGGAGCGGGGCACGCGGGUCUGAUGGCCCCUGCACUUUGGGGACUCUAACAUCCAGUCCCUCGUCCUGGCCCCCACCAGCCACACCAAAACCCCACAUCCAGAUAGGGGUUGGGGGCAGCAUUUUUAAGCCAAUGCCAAGAGGAAGGUCACGACCCUCCGCUCCUGAGGGAGGACUCGUCGAGGGUGGGAUGUCCUUCCCAGCAGAUGCCCUUGGCCUUACAAGCCCUUCUCCUGGUGGCUUUUUCAGAGGAGUCCUCACUUUGAGACCCCACACAAAUUGUGGGAUGGGGACAUGGGGGCAGGUGAAGCCCCACCAGCCCCUGUAGCACUUUAUUCCGGCAGGGUUGGGGUGGGGAGAUGCUUUGGAGGUGGUGUCCCCUUGUCCAGCCUCAACCCACCAGAAAAUUUGCUUGGCCAGAGCACGUAGGCCCCGUGGGGCUAUUAAAUAUUAUCUGGAUGCCA